AUAGCAGCCGUUACUCGGGAUAGCUGCAUCGAUCCCAUGGGAACAGUCGAGUAUUUACAAGGCUUCCAGCGAAAAUGUGUCCCGAACGCCAAUUCCUGUUCUGAUGGGCCUGGUACACAAGUGGACUGUCCUCAAAACGCUAUCUGUGUCUCUGCUGGUGACUCAAAUGAAACAAACAUAUGCUGCAGACCAGCUGCUGCUGAAACGAUUCCCGAAUGCCCCAAUGGUGGAAUCCGCCAACCGUCACCAUCCGGGUACAAAAGCUGCUCGAUAAACUCGCUGAAUGACUGCGAUCCGGGGUAUUCAUGUGCUCGAGCCUCGAAUGACUUCUCUAUCCAACUAUGCUGCUCUGCUUCAACCUCUGCUGCGGAGCCUGUAUGUCCUAAUCAGGGCUUUCUUUUGAAGGAGCGUGGUCGUCCCGUGUACUGUUCUGCCGAACAGCCUCAUCUGUGCCCAACUAACUAUCCAUGUGAAUCAGCUGUUGGUGCACCUGGAACCUAUGUCUGCUGUUCAUCAUCAACAAUAUCCUGUCCUACACGAUAUUUACCAUUUUUGGAUCCCAACGGUAACAAGGUAAGCAUAAUUGAAUCACAAACGACAAACAUGACCAGCGGGCCACUAAAAGCACUUUGUGCGUCUGUUCAUAUUCUAUUUUUGAAUUUUUUAUUCAAUUUGUAUCCCGACCAAGAAAAAGAGCGGAACGAACCCGACUGA